GGCAGUUGGUCUGUUGAUGACCUAACUGGCGGCAGCGAAAACACCCGUUGUGUUCCUGGAGGUCUAUGUGUUCUGCGGGUGUGAGUUUGUGGAGGCGAUGGGGUGGGGAGCAAGAAGGCAGUUGGGAGGCACGAUCCUGGCGUUCCAUUCGUAUAAGGUGUGCAGUUUGGAGGUCCUCAAUGGUGAAUUGGGAGGGGUCGAGAGAGGCAGUGUCGAAGUCGUCAUCGGAGGUGGGUUAAGUGGUGUCGUUAUGGAAAGAGAGGGGGCGGGACGGAGAGGGCGCGGACUGCUGAUGGGGGUGGAGGAGUCGAUCGUGGUGGAGCAUGCGAGAGAGGAGGUCAGCAAGGGGCAUGUCGGGUUCGUGGGCGAGGGCGGUUGCAAGAUCUUUGUGGCAUACUCGCUUGAUGCGGGAGAUGAACGCAAAGUCGGGMAUGACGGUGUGGGGGAGGUGGUGGCGGAGGGAGCGGACGUAUUGGACGAAGCGGUCCGUGGGACCGGUCUGGCGGAGGUGGCAGAAUUGUUCAAGGUAGUCGUCAAUGGUUUUCUGGGGGCGGAAGGUGGCAGUGAGAAGUUUGACCCAGUGGAGAGUGGAGGAGGUCGACGGCGGGUGUUGCUGGAGGCGGCUGUGGAGGAGGGAGUGGUUUGCGCUGUGGAGGUUGGAGUGGUUUGCGCUGUGGUGAUGACCGUGAUGGAGGGGAUGGUCUCUUCGAUCGUGGUGACGCGGUCGUAUAAGGACGACAUGUUGGCCUUUAUGUCAUCGAGAGAGGCGGUGACGGAGGUUCGGAGGGUGUUGAGUGCGUGGAGGAUGGCGGAGAGGUCGGGGGUGGCGGUGUUUGCUGGUGGUUGUUCGCCUGCGAGGUUGCGGGCGAUGCUAUCGAUUGAGUCGGUGCGGAUGUCAGACAUGUUGAUGGAGGACGCAGCCUGAGCGGGUGUGGAGGAUGCAGUAGCAGCGGUGGCGGCGGCAGCAGCGGCGGCGUCAACGGCGGCACGUUGGGAGUUCUUGGUUUGGCGUGGUGGCAUGUGUGUGUGGGGGGGGGGAAUCCCUUAUUUAUUUAUCAAUAAAUUAAAAAAUAAAGAUAAUCCCCAAGU